CUUCAGUUUAAUGUGUCUUUGAUUUGAAAGUUAAUACAAAUUGAAUGAAUGAUUAAGUGAUGCCUUAUAUGGCUAUUGAUGUCAAUUGAAUACAAGUGUGUUUUGUAUGCGAAGACAUUUCUUAGACAAUAAUUAUCCGCUUUUGUCAACAAUUCAUACUUAAAGAGUGAAAACCCAUUUUGAAAGACACCAUGACUUCCAGUGAAUUGGAUGAACACUUGGAUCACUUAAUUCACAUCACAUCCGAUGAAUACCAGUAUUUGGACUCAACAGACAAUUGGCUCACAUUUGACUCGGACUCGACUCUAAACGCCAACGAAGACAUCACCGAAUGGAUCAGAAGUGCAUUUUCUAGUGAGAGAUCCCGAGGAACUCAUAUGUAUUUAGUGAACAAAUUGGACGAAAUGAAAGUCUUGAGCCCAGAGUCGUCGGCCUCCGUCGACACCCGGACCUUCACCCGCAAUAAACAGCGACACAAACGCCAGUCUCUGUUCAAUGGCAGUGCUUUGUCCACACUUUGCUCUCCAGUCAAUGAAGACGACUACUCGAGUCCUGAGACCAACGAUCGGACGUUUGAAGUGAACCACAAUCGGUCGCUGAACGGCACGUUUGUCAGGAACAACGGCAGAGACAAUACAUUCACACUUCCAUCCGAUGUCGACAUUCAGCUCAAUAACAUCGAUGACGUCGAGAAGAUCGCUAAACUCCAAGAGGACAGUCUUCGUCAGAGCUGUUCCAACGGCUGGUCCGCUCAACACAAGUCCCCGAAUAGGAGUUAUACAUUAGACGAUCACAAAAGUCCAUUAUAUUCACGAAAUAAUACUAUUAAUACAAAUACGUUAACUAAAAGUCGCGGUCAUAUCAGACAAAGAGUGCCCGAAGUUAUGAACGAUUACGACAUGAACGCAGAGGAGGAGGAAGCGUACGAAGACGAUCAGUACCAGCGCUACGAGAAUGCCUUAUCACCCGAAGUGGAGAGUUUUGGGACUCAUUUGUACGACCAUUCGUCCACUCCUUUGGUGCCGAAGAACCGAAGUAUUAAUUAUAAUCAACAAAGUAUUCGCCAACCGAUUGGCCAGAAGAUAAUGCCAGACGUAAGUAACCUGAAGUCACACAGCAGUUAUGGCGGAUCCAAAAUUGGCAAAAGCGAACCCAAUUUGUCGCGACGACUGCAACCCAUGACCAGACCUAUGGCUUAUAAUAACGCAUCCAAAAUGAAUCCAAUGGGAAGCCGACCCCCGCAACCAAAUCCAAGCAGAAGUUUCCUGGAGUCAAAGGCUCCGAGCGAUUCCCGGCUUACAGUACGCAAUGGGUUAGGCUUUCAAAACCAUAAUCACAUGCAAACUGUGGGACGCAAUACAUCUCCUCCGCCCUCUCAGAGCCAACUCAUUCUCAAUAGAAAAGUUGCGGUUGAGGGAGAGCUUAAUAGAGUGGGCACAACCACUACCACUAAUCUGUGUAGAAAAUCCACUUUUCGGGUGCGAGACUAUGCUAUUAAUAAUGAAGACAAUGGCAGUGACCUGUGCUUAGCUAACGGUUCCAAUGCCUCAGCGAAUGAUCCGGAAUUCCAGUUUGUGGUCCGCGCACAGCAAUUCCGGGCCCAGUAAACUCCCGGCCCACCCAUCCUAUCGAUAACUCGUGGAAAAAUGGAUGUUUUUAGUACCCAUUGUAUUAAUUAUUUGCUUUUAAUUGUAACUAUAUUUUUAAUGAAUUGUUUGUUUUUGUUUUGAAAUUAUUCUAAAUCUAAAUUUAUCUUCAUUUUAG